AUGGGUAAGUUGUGGGCAUUUUUCGUGCUUCUUAUGGUAGCUGUGCAUGCAAGUCAGGCACGUAAUGUGCCUGGCGAUGUAGGCCUCAAUAGCCAACAAACAACGAUGCCUGACAGCUCAAAGGAGCAAACAUUGCAAGCCAACGCACCAAAGGCAGACUCACCAAAGGGUAAGGGCAUUGAUGACAAGAAGAAUUUUAUUUACGGUGGAGUUGGUGGCUUCGCUGGGUUGGGCGGCUAUGCUGGCGUGGUUGGUGGUCUGCCUUUGGUUGGUGGCCUUGGUGGGAUUGGGAAAUUCGGUGGAAUUGGUGGUGCCGCUGGAAUAGGUGGUUACCAUGGCAUUGGUGGCCUAGGCGGUCUAGGUGAGGCUGGAGGUUUAGGCGGUGGAGCUGGUGGAGUUGGAGGUCUCGGAGGUGGUGCAGGUGGUGCUGCUGGAGGUGGACUUGGUGGUGCUGCUGGAGGUGGACUUGGUGGUGCAACUGGCAGUAGCGUUGUACCACAUCCUUAA